AUUUUAUGAAUUUCAAGUCUGCACGACUUUUCUAUCAAAAGAUAAUAAGAAAUACAAGUGAAAAAACUACCCAGGUAGGUCGUCAUUGACACUUGGGUUGAGAUUUGCUACUCAAAUUGAAAGAGAUUAUGUGACCUGGUUGACCGGUCUGGUGGUACAGUCGUCAACUCGUACGAUUUAACAACAUACCCGUCAUGGGUCUUCUUCUAUUUGGCCUAAUGUCCUACGCGGACAUGCCGGCCUAUACAGGCUUCCGAGACUUUAUAUCCAUUACCACACAGCCGGUUAGCCAGUCAAUCCUUGCUACGGGGGAACAGUCCAUUGUAGGCUUGAACCCGUGACGGGCAUGUCAUUGAGUCGUUCGAGUUGACGACUGUACAACGGGACCGCUCGUCAUGGGUUCAAUGGACCGUGCUCCCAUACGGAGGACUGACUAUCCUGCUAUGGUAAUAAAUAAGUCACUGAAAGCUAAGCCUACUUGUGGUAGCGGAAUUUGAGGCAUGUGUGCCCUCUUAAGCAUUUCAUAUUAUAACUCACUAAAAGGUGUUUGUCAAGAGCCGAUUUAAAUCUCAUAACCAUUUUACAUCUCUUUCCUCACUUAUAAAUUAGUUUCGUUUGAAAAAAGUACAAACAAAGCUGUUUUGAAGCAUUUUAAAAGGCGUUGUUUUUUGGGCUAUAGGGCAAGAGAGUGUUACUCGUAUAGGACGGCAAGACGGCCGCCUGAUUAAAAUAAACGUAUUUCUUAGAUAAUUGAAAAUUGUUGCAUUUGUGGCACUAGUAUAUGUAUUCCUACAUGUUUUGAGUCACCAAUGAACCCUUUUUCCCCCCAAAUGUCGGUCAAGGCCUGCCUGUACCCACUUGUGGGCUUGGCUUUCAGUGACUAAUUGAUUCCCCCCAUAGCAGGAUAGUCAGUCCUACGUAUGGCGGCGAGGUCUAUUUGGGGAUUGAACCCAUGACGAGCAUGUUGUUAAGUCGUACGAGUUGACGACUGUACUACGAGACCGGGCUAAGACUACAAGGAGGAAAAAACGUUAGCGUUCGAUACAACUCUAUGAAUAAGUGUCAAAUGAGAAAUCAUAGUGCACGGACCAGCUUCAUUUAAUUGUGAUAAAUAGCCAAAUUCAUUUUUAAACCUCUAUUUGUAGAUGUAUAAUCUUUAAAUCAAUUAACUAAUGCAAUGCCAAAACAAAUGAACUAAAUAGACAAGGUUGCAGUAUCAUCCAUACAAACUAUAUUUUAGUACUCAUUCAAUGCCGAACUACCUACAAUUUUGAAAGCCCCUGUAUUCAUAAAAUAUAAACAUAACGGUACUAGUACAGCCAAUUCUACAACGCACUGUGAAUUGAGGUAACAUUUUGAGCAGCACUGUAAAACCUGUUGCAAUACGAUUUUCCUGCGAGACAAGAGACGUCGUGUAGCGUCACAUCGGUUUGUUUUCUUUUUUUACUAGCACCCGAACCAAUGCGGACGAUUUUCCGAAGCAUUGUAACGCUUCGUAACGCGUUCGCCGCAUACCGCAUCGGUCGGGCAUGGCUACCGCAUCACAAACAGAACCAGUUUGGAGUGUUAUUUUGGAAUUGAAGUGCACGAAAAAGUGUUGAGAUGUUGUUUCAAACCAAAAAUGAAAAGUUCUAUAAUCCUUUAGUACAACAUAUGGUGAUAGAAACUAAUGGAUGCGAAGCAGUUUGAAGGCCAAACACGCCGCCACUGCAUUCAAACCAAUUUGCUGCAGUUUUGCGUUGAUGCGUCUUUUUCCAGCAAUGCGCAUUACGGCCAACGUGUUGCAGUGAUGACGGAAUCAUUGUUUGUGUGUUGAUUCAAUUUACCUUCGGCAUUCAUUCGAAGGCAGUCGAGGCACAUCAACACACUACAAUCAGUCUACUAAUGUGUCACACAAAACCACGAUUUAGCACACCAACUGCAGUUCAAGUGCAGCGCACGAUCAACAACAGCUGAUUCCCGUGUCGUCAUCACAAAAACAUUCACUCACAGUGUUUUUCCCUCUAGUAAAGAGCACAUGUUGCGGGCACAGGCAGAAUGGAAAACUGAACAAAAAAAAAAGCUGCGAGCGAGACAAAAUCCCACUUUGCGUACGUUCACACAGCGAAACGAAAAAAAAAAAAGAGACGAACGCAACCCGGUGUGCCGUUUUUCGGGUACGGUUUCGCUUAUUUUUAGCCCCAUUCCGACCGCAGAACACUUCGAGCGGUCGUCCUGAGCGGUUCCCGCGCUGAGCGUUUGUCUGCCGCGCCGAGUGACGUUAGUGGGAGAGAAUUUUCCAACCGAAAUUGAGACAUCGGUCGUUUCAUCGUUUGCCCAAUUGUUCGAUAAUUGGGUAGAAAAGUGGUCGCGAUAAUUAAUACCCACGGCUUUGUUUGGUAGGGGCGAGCAUAUAAAAUGUCCAACGUUUGGUUGCAAAACUCGGUCAAAUUACUGGUGCAGUGAGGUGUGAAAAUUUGGGGAAGAAAUCCCUAACCGUACGUGAGAGCGUGUGCGUGUGAGUGUGGAAAAUUAUUUUUACCCCACAGUCCCCAGUCCGUGUCCGUGUCGCGGUGGAAGCCAGUAACCGUUUUGGGGGAAGAAAAACACACACACACGCACCCAGUGAGCAGUGAGUGGUGAGUGAAAUAAAGUCGUUUGUACGGACGGUGAAACAUGGAUGCGUCUAGCAGUGGGAGUGCGGUGCCGGUGGUGGCCCGCAGGCGUCGCCGGGCGGCCAGACAGCUGCGUGAAUCGACGCCCGAUCCGGCCCGCGACGGAAGCGUCGGCAGCCAGUCGAACUCGUGCGACGAUCAGAGCGGGUCCGAGUCCCGCGGCCGCAGCACCGUGGAAAGCAGUCCAUCCUCUUCGAAGAAGAGCUUGAUCGAGCGGGCGAUCGAUUAUGGAAAUUCGCAUCGGAAUAAAAUUCUCGCCCGCAAGGAGAAGAAGCUGUCCAGUGCGGUCGCACCGAGGAGUCGAUCGGUGCCGCGCGACGAGGGCGAUGUACCGAGCAGUCCGGAAAUAUUCUCACUACUAAGGCGGGCCAAGCGAAGUCUGUCGGGUGCACGCAAACCCAAAACGGACGACUCGAGCGAUGGUGGCCGCAUCUCCGACACGGAGGUACGCAAGCGGCGCGAACGCAUCGAACGCUUCCAGACCGAACGAUCGCGCGAAAGCUCGGAAGGCAAUGCGGCCAACCCACUGCAAGCCAAUCUGCAGCGCUUCAACGAAGAGCGGCGCAAAUUCGAGCUGGAAAAGUUAAAGUUCUUGCAGGAGAAGCGUGAGCUCGAUCGGAUGCGGCUGCGACGGUUCGAGAAGUAUCGGGAGGAAAUGCUGGAAGAGCAAAGCCGCAAGCUGAAGGCAAAGCUGCAGGAAGAGCGUGCCAAGAGCAUCGAAGCUACUCCGAUGCCUCCGCUGGCACCAUCCGUUGCUCAUCGAGCUCGUACUCCAACACGUCCAACGGACAGCCUGUCGCCAACCGUUGCGAAGAAGAAGAUACUGAUCGUACCGAAGGCACGCUCAUCUAGCCGAUCGGCCUCGACAAGCGAAGAUGAGGGUCGUUUGUCGUCCGAUGAGGAGAAGAAGCAGACAGUUAGGCGUCGCUUUUCGCCGCGGAAGCCGAAGAGGACGCGUUCUUCCAAGCUGGAGUCGAUGGCGAGACGCACCCAUCCGCGGACGGAUGGGAUCACUUCGCCCGAAUCGGAGCUACCGUCAGACUUUCAGCCGGAAGAACCGGAGCCGGUGGUUCGGAAUGAUGCUCCGGAGGAGCCAAAACCGGAUCCGGAAAUGGUGCUCACACACCGACGAGUAGCUGGACAGGAGGGUGCAAAAGAGGAGCAGCAGUUGCUUGUGGAGGAACCGAAGAAGCAAACGCUUGAGGAGAAACCAAAACCUCAAGAAGAAAAGGAAACCGAUGAGAAGGAUAUUGAAGCAGGCAAAGAGAUUACCCUUCAAGAAGACGGGCUUAAAAUACGGCAGCGACGCAGGCCACUCGUGCUGUACGUUGAGCAGCCCGGGGAGAUCUUCAGCUGGCGACAGAUCACGCAAGAGUGGUACGACAUGUGGCAGGACUUCCUGGAUGAUCAUCCGGAGGAGCUCGUCCGGAUGAAGGUGCAGGUGAACCACUGCCUGUUAUACUUCGCAGUGAUGGUAUUGCUGUGUGGCGUCGGUGGCAUUGCGUUCCGGCUGACCGAGGGUACGUUCGAGUCGCAGUACAAGUGUGGCGUGAAGCGCGUCAAGCGCGAGUUCAUCGAUCAGCUUUGGCUUUCCAGUCACAAUCAGAGGGAAGAGGACUGGAAGUUAUCGGCACGCAACCGGUUGCGCAAAUUUGAGGAAGAGCUGCAGAUCGCGUUCGAGGCGGGAAUGAAAACGUACAGCGGCAACACGGCCUGGAACUUUGUGAACGGCGUCAUCUACUCGCUUACGGUGGUGUCAACGAUUGGAUAUGGACAUAUUUCACCGUCUACGACGACCGGCAGGGCGCUGACGAUUCUGUACGCGAUCAUCGGCAUACCGAUCUUCCUGAUCGUGUUGGCCGACUUUGGCAAGCUCUUCACGAGGGGUAUCAAGUUCAUGUGGGCCUACGUGCGGCGGUUGUACUAUACGGGCUCGGUUAAAAAGGUUCGCAAGACUGCACAAGUUCAGGAGGUAAUGAAGGGCCUCAAUGUCGUCUACGAUAUGGUCAGGCGACCGAGUGCCGAUAACGAACUGCAGGGAGCAACAACCACGACAACAGUGGCCGCCCAACAACCCCAGCAAUCCACACCGCCCCCACCCGUCCAAAGACCUCCGUCGGAAGCUCCAACGGCAGCCGCUUCCGGUACCGGUAUCGAAGCCAUCCCCGUGCCGGACACCCCAACUACCCCGGUGCCCGAAACGUUCGAAAUCGACGACGAGUUCAAUCUGCCCAUCUCGGUCGCGAUCGUCAUACUGGUCGCGUACAUGCUGUUCGGGGCCCAGAUCUACUGCACGUGGGAAAACUGGAGCUUCUUCGAGGCGUUUUACUUUGUGUUCAUCUCGAUCUCCACGAUCGGGUUCGGCGAUUACGUGCCCCAGCACCCGAUCUACAUGAUGUGCAGCAUACUGUAUCUGAUCUUUGGCCUGGCGCUUACCUCCAUGUGCAUCAACGUGGUGCAGCUGAAACUGAGCGACAGCUUCCGGCAGGCCAGUGCAAAGAUCGGCGCAACGAUUGGGCUGCAGAUGGCGGAAGCGGCCUCCCAGCAUCAGCACUCACCGGUACACACACCGAUCGAGCUGGCCGCAGUACACACCUCCACCCCUACCACUGCGGUGAACGUGAGCCUGAAGGACACACCGACCUUACCGGCUCGACCGUCCAGCUCCGUACCAAAGCCAGACAAGAAGGAGUAAUGCGGGAGAGCGGGUUAUCUGUUACAUGAAAACAGUACGCACAAGUACAAUGCACCAAGAAAUGGCACGAAACGAGAUGAGGGGGUGGAGUGGAGUGUGGGGAGCGGGUAUGAACGACGGAAGCGCUCUUAUUUAUAUUAGCUAGGACUAUAUAAAAAAAAUUAAAAAAAAACUGCAUUAUUAAGUCAAACGGACGCGGGACCGAUGCGGGAACCUGCCGCGCAGUGAAGAUUGUUAUUUAAUGUUAAGCUUAAGGACGAACGUUAACAAGACGGACAUUGUGUGCCCGGGUUUUUUUGGGGUGUAGAGGGUUGGGGUUGAAUUUGAAAAGCGAAAGCCAAAUAAAGAAGCAAAAAAAAAGAAUAAAAGAUAUACGCUACAAGCAAGGGGAGCUUCCAGCUUUGCUAGUUAAGCGCGUGUUUUAAUUGCUCGGAAUGAUCGAAAUAAAUGCUACUCCAUAUUUUGAAAAUUUAAAUAGCAAAAG